AUGGAUAAAAAUUACUCAAUAAUUAAAAAUAAAUCAGAAAUUAAAAAAAUUGAAGUAGGAGAUUAUCCCCAAAUCCCUACAAUUACUUACCAAGAAAAAAAAAAUAAUAUAAUUCAACGAUCAUUUAGUUAUUUUAUAGAAAAUGAGGGAUUUUAUCCUUAUGAACUUUGCUAUACUUUGCCCCCUAAAAAAUAUCCAAUCCCUAAUAAUUAUUCUGUAAAAACCACUUGGAGACAUUCUGUAAAUCGAAAACCAGAAUUUCAAAUUCUAUAUGGUGCUUCUUUUGAAUUUGAAGAUAACUCAAAUAUAUCAGCUAGCAGAGCUGCAACAGAUUAUGAGAAGGCUGUAAAUAAAAGUUCAAAUAAAAUAAGUUUUUUAUCUGGGCCUUUAUUAUUCAGGUUACAGCUUCAAAAACUUCAUACAAUUAGAGAAUUUCAAGUUAAACACCACAUAAUCAAACUUGUAGAACAAUAUUCUCAGAAAACUCUUAUAAGGCGUGCAAAAGAAAUUGCAACAACACUUAAACAAGGAUUUGGUCAAACUAGUGAACUUAUAUAUAACACACAAGACUCUAUUUCAUUAAAGUCAUUCAAAUGUACUAUAAAUAAUCAAAAUUAUUAUUUUGAUAUUGGAAACGAAAAUCCUAUACAAAAACAAGUAGAAAUCUUAAAUAUAAUUAAAGUAAUGAAUUCAAGUUUUAUCUCGUAG